AUGGCGAGCGCCACAACCGCGGGGUCGACAACCCCGGCGGGACCGGCGACGACAACGGCAACGGCAACGGCAGCAACACUCCCUACCUUGCCUUCUCGUGAAGAGGUGACUGAGGAGCUGGCCAAGCUGCAUGCAGAGCUCGAAGCAUCGGACGCUCGAAUGGUGCUCGCCAGCGACCCUCGCGCCUGGGGAGCUUUUCGCAAUGGGCGGCGCCCCGCAGCCGAUGUGCUCAGUUUUGCCACCAUCCGCAUGCGCCUCAAUGCUGGCACUUACACCAGUAUUGCCCAAUAUCGCGCGCUCCGGCUCACGCCUUUCACCAUGCCCGGUCUGCGACCCAACCCGCAGCGAGAUUUCCAGAUCAUGUGCCGCACAGCCUAUGAGCACCAAACCCCUGCCUCUGACAUGGCCGUGUACAUUGCCGAUAUUUUCAGCCAGGGUCUGAAGAAGAUUGAUGCCCUGCAUGAGCGCAUGUACGGUGCCGACUUGUUUCUCCCUCGCACCAAUAUCUCGCAUCCGGCGUUGCCUCAUGCCCACAUGCCUGAUGGCUUCGCCAGUGCACCAAACCAACCUCCAGCGCCGCCCGCGUCCAAGCGCGCUGAACCUUUUGAGGCCGCUCCUGGUGUACGCGCCGUGCGCCCGAUUUUAGGCUCCUCCAAGAGCGUGUCUCUAGGCUUUGUGAACGCUGCAAGUGCCAAGCCGGGCGCGCUGGUGGACCUGGAACCUCUGCUCACACACUUUGGCUUCUGGUGGGGGAUUUUGACAGCGUGCGGACAGUGGUACGAAAUUAAUCGGUGUCGACGACCAGUGCGAUUCGAACCAGAGACCAAGCCCGUUGUAGACCUGGCCUCCAUCCCAUUGGCCCACGUGAACCGCGAGAAGAUACUCCGCGAUGGGCGGGCGGCAACUUUGGCUGAGCGCCAGCAAGCCGAUGCCUCCCAAGCUGAUGUAGAAAAGGAGGAUUCUGAUGACUCGGACGAGCCUGAAGCUGUGGAUCAAACCGUUGCCGAGGAGCCCGCACGAUCCGAGGCCCCCGUGUCUGCAUGA